AGCAGCCCUGUCCCGGGACACUGAGCCGAGUCCAGUCCGUGCACCAUGCUGCUCAGAGCUCUGCUCCCCCGCUGUGCCCGGGCUGGGUGUAGUGCUGUGCCCCGCACAUAUAUGAACCAGGCCCGGCCUGCACUGGAUAUCUCCGGAAUCUUCCCUCCCAUCUCCACUCCAUUCAAUGACCGGGAACGAGUGGACUAUGACAGGCUGGCCGAGAAUCUGCACAAGUACUCCACUACCCCACUCCGCGGUUUUGUUGUUCAAGGCUCAAAUGGGGAAUAUGCUUACCUGAGCCGUGAGGAGAGACUGGAGGUCGUGCGCAAGGUCCGUGAAGUGGUACCGAAAGAGAAGCUUCUUAUCGCCGGAUCAGGAUGUGAAUCUACACAAGCCACAGUGGAGAUGACCUUGGAGAUGGCCAAAGCUGGAGCAGAGGCGGUUCUAGUGGUGACGCCAUGUUACUAUAAAGGCAGAAUGAACAGCUCUUCUCUGGUGCACCAUUACACCAAGGUUGCCGAUGCCUCUCCGGUUCCCGUUAUUUUGUACAGCGUGCCUGCCAAUACUGGAUUGGAUUUGCCUGUAGAUGCAGUAGUCACUUUGGCUCAGCACCCAAACAUCAUAGGGAUCAAGGACAGCGGAGGAGAUAUCACACGUGUGGGCCUUAUAAUCCACAAAACACGCCACCUUGGCUUCCAAGUGCUUUCUGGAUCUGCGGGCUUUCUGCUGGCUGGGUACUCAGUAGGUUCUGUUGGAGGAGUCUGUGCUCUGGCUAAUGUCCUUGGUCCCCAGCUGUGUGAACUUGAAAGACUGUGUGUAAGCGGCCGGUGGCAGGAAGCAAGACAGCUCCAGUACAGACUGAUUGAGCCAAACGCUGCAGUGACACGCAGGUUCGGCAUCCCAGGUCUGAAGCAAGCGAUGGAGUGGUUUGGGUAUCAUGGGGGUCACUGCCGUUCCCCUCUUCUACCACUCACAGACCAAGAGCGAAAUGACCUGCGGAAGGUGUUUACUGACAAUGCCUGGCUUUGAUCGUAGGAAAA